UCAUUGUUUUGAUUAACAGAUGAAGACAUAAAAAGCCGACAUUGUCAACAAAAAAAUUAGGAAUACGUUUUACUGUUGUAGAGUAUAAGGCGUUAUGGCCUCAUCUUCAGACUCGACACUAGCCGCAGCGAACAUUGAUGCAAAAAACGAAAAAAACUCAAAUAUCUGUAUCUCGGGGAAAACGUCUGUCAAUAACACUAAAAUGACUAUAGCAACUAUACAAAAGGCUUACCACGACAUCCUCAAAGAUCCCACUAGUCUGGAUGAGGCUGCACACUAUUUAUACCAAUCGCUGCUGGACGAUGCUGUUGUGGGUGUUUUUUUAGAAAUACACCAUUUGCAUAGGACUGGUAAUUUAGACGCACUAGACGGUGUACCAGAAGAAGGAACUGACGCUUCCUAUCGCAUUGUAGAUAUGCCAAACUAUGAUAUUUUUGGUAUUUCAUCCGUUAAAAAACUAAUGGAUUGCACUUGCCCCAACUGUGAUAGACCCGUGUCGGCGUCACGUUUCGCACCACAUCUGGAAAAGUGCAUGGGUAUGGGACGUAAUUCGUCACGUAUUGCAAGCCGUCGUUUAGCUACCAAGGAAGGUACCAGCGCAAGCUCUUCAUCAUCUUCAUCAUAUCUCCAAACAACGGUCGGCACAGAUGAUGAGGAUGAUAUUGACUGGUCAUCGGAGAAAAGACGAAAGAAGACUAAUCAAGGAAAUCGUAAUAACGGAUCAAAAAAGAAUAAUGGCAAAUCAUUUUAGAAUCAGUGUGAAUAA